AUGAAGUUUUUGCUAUUGGCUCUAUUCUUUAUCAGUACGAUUUUGGUAGUAUAUGCCGAAACCAAUUUUGAAAACAAUGAAAGGUUACGUGUAAAACGGUACUACGGUUAUGGAAUGGGAGGCUAUCCUUUCCAUCCGUUUGGCGGCUACGGGAUGCAUGGUGGAUUUCCAGGAUAUGGAAUGGGAUAUGGAAUGGGCUAUGGAGGUAGAUUCUGGGGCUAA